CUGCAUAAUGCUAUGAUUGCUUCCUCGCUGUAUACCCUUGCUUGUAUGAUUUCCGACACUUGCGCGUCGUAAUCUGCCCUCAGCGAGACCCUGCCUAUGAAGCAUCGGCAUUGAACACCACCGCCAGCGACCGGUGUGCCGGCCCACCCGCCUACUGUAUACAACCCGCCAAAGAGUCCCAUCCUCGUCUAUGAUGACUGCCUCCAAAGAACGAAAGGCAUCGCACGCCACGACCUCCGAGUAUGCGCCUGAUCUCAGCAUUACCGCCGAUGACGACGUCCACCUUCACGCCGUCGGCUACAACGAAUCGCCCGACCGGGGACUCAUCAACAGCUACGCACGCUUUCGCUCGUCUCCUCUCGACUUCAUACGUGAGGUUUCGCUGCAGUUCUCCGGGACAGGAUGGCGGUCAUUUGACAACCAUGUUGGCCAGCCUGAGUUCUACUCCGGCUUCUCGGAGGACAUGAAGACGCGCGUACUCAACAACCCCAUGCUUGUUGCCAAAGUGCGAGAGCUGGCAGAAAAGAGAGUCGAGGUUGAGGCUAAGGAGGGCCUGCUGGGAGUCGAGGCGCAGAACGGCAGCGGCGUGGGAGAGAAGGACAGGAGGGCAAAGAGAAAGACACAAAUCGAGGAGUCGCUCCUGGAAGUCAGCGAGACAUGGACCGACGGCAUGAUCUGCAAGAUGGAGAGCAAGAAUUUUAUACGCGGCGCAUACUAUCUGGCUACCCAGCUCUUGACCAGGGCAUACCACCAAGGCGUGCACGUUUCUAGUGAGGAAGUGCUGCGACUGCGCACUGUGGCCGCUGAGGCAGCGCGUAAGAAGCACUCGAUCAUCUUCUUGCCCUGCCACCGAUCCCACGUCGACUACGUCUCGUUGCAGAUCAUCUGCUACCGCCUCGGUCUUGCACUACCAACUGUUGUCGCUGGCGAUAACCUGAAUUUCCCUGUCGUGGGUUCCUUCCUACAGCAUGCCGGAGCUAUGUGGAUACGGCGUAGCUUUGGAGACGAUCAAUUGUACACCACACUUGUACAAGCGUACAUUGACACACUGUUACAGUGCGGCUACAAUUUAGAGUGCUUCGUCGAAGGAGGCAGAAGUCGUACUGGCAAGCUUCUCCCUCCCAAGUUCGGCAUCUUGAGUUACAUGCUGGAUAGUGUGGCAAGUGGGCGUGUCGAGGAUGCCAUCAUAUGCCCGGUGUCGACACAGUAUGAUAAGGUUAUUGAAGUCGACUCAUACAUCAGCGAACUCCUCGGUCAGCCGAAAUCGAAAGAGAAUCUCAUGGAUUUCCUCUCAUCGUCUUCGGUGCUGUCACUCAAGCUUGGGCGCGUGGAUGUUCGCUUUCAUGAGCCUUGGUCGCUACGGACGUUUAUCAACCAGCAGCGCGAACGAGCUAGCAAACUGCCCCAACAACUUGACUCGAAUGAAGACCGUAUUCGCCUCCUCAGAACGCUUGGGUACAAGGUGUUGUCCGAGAUUAACGACGUAUCAGUGGUGAUGCCCACUGCACUGGUCGGCACAGUACUACUCACACUCCGAGGGCGAGGAGUCGGCAAGACUGAGCUCAUCAGAAGAGUGGAGUGGCUGUGCGAUCGCGUCCGCGCCCAAGGAGGCAGAGUCGCUCAUUUUGGGAACUUACCAACGAGUGUUGUGGUGGAUCGAGCGCUCGAAGUGCUUGGUCCCAGUCUUGUAGGCCUCGUGCCUGGAUUGCCCGAGGACACCUACUAUGCCGUGGACCGCUUUCAGCUUUCCUUUUACCGCAACAUGACCAUUCAUCUCUUUAUUCUCCAGUCGCUAGUGUCAGCCGCUCUCUACAGCACUGUCAAACGCGGCGGUGCUCCCGAAUCCCAAAGAAUACCCUAUGCAGACCUGCAUGCCCAGGUUGGCUUCCUGUCGCAGUUGUUCCGCGGCGAGUUCAUCUUCCCCACCGAGGGCCUCGACUUCAACCUCGCGCGCACCAUCGCCGGCCUCGAGACCGACAACGUCAUCACAGUGACCCGCAAUAGUGGAGGCAUUAUCGAGUACGUCGAGCUCAGCGAUAAAGAGAGGGAAACCGGCCGUGAGAACUUCGACUUCUACUGCUUCCUGAUCUGGCCUUUCAUUGAAGCUGCUUGGCUGGGCGCCGUGUCGCUGAUGAUGCUAACACCACCACUCACCCACAGCACGACCACACCAUCGAUGGCGAACGAGAAAUGGCUUGAUAUGAAACGUGUCCAAGAUCGCUCGCAACUACUAGGCAAGACGUUGUAUCAUCAGGGCGAUCUAUCAUACUACGAAGCCGUCAACAAGGAAACACUGAAGAACUCGUACACACGCUUCGAAGAGGAGGGUAUGAUUGUUGUCGCUAAGAGUAGAAACGCAAAAUCAUCGACCACGGUUCGAUUAGCAGAUGAGUGGACACUCGUCAGAGGGUCGAAAGGCAUCAUCGCCGACGGGCCGUUGUGGCGAUUCGCAGAGCGCAUCAGCGCGAGUAGGAGAGAAGGCAAGAAUAGGAGAGAUGGCGCCACCGUGCAGACAAGAGUGCUUGGCUUGGUCGAUGUUGUUGGUGAGGGGUUGUGGGAGGGCGAUGUGUUGGAUGCAAAGAGUAUUGGGCGAGAGGAGGUUGGAAACAAGGCGAAGGCCAGGGCGAAGAGGGGGACGAUGGCGAGGCUUUGAUCUCCCGCAUGAACUCUUCGACAUAUCUAGACUUCCGAUUGACAAGAUUCCCUUCACAUUGACUGUUGACUAAAUCUCACCUGACGAUCACGUUUAUGAUACACGCACGCAUCAGUAUUAAUAGUAUCCGCAUUACGAC